GCGCGAAGAAGAAGAGUCCCAGCGUCUCCAACCAGAGGCACUUGCGGUUGUAACAAAGUGCCGACAAAAUCCAAAGUUUCGUGUUAAAGCUGCAGUUUUCCACUCAGGAUGGAUGACGAACACACGGCCGAGUACACGGUGCCCUGUGCCCAGUGUUCAGCGGUGGACUGGGGCAUUUCGGACGAGGGUCGCUUCUACUGCAGGUCCUGCCACAACGUGAUCGAGAGGACCCGGGAGGUGGUGGACCUGUCCUUCUUAAAGUUGUCCAGCAGGGUGUCGACCAUCAGAGGACCCCGCAAGAAGCAGGCCGAGCGUGGUCACGUGUGGAUGGUCUGCGAGGGUUUCCAGUUCAUCCUGAAGAACCAGGCCGAUGCUCUGCUCGCGCUCGGAGUCCAUCCUCAAUUUAAGGAUGAUGUGCUGUGUCCUCUGUGGAGGUGUUAUCUGCAGAAAAGUCGCCAGGCCUACACCCACGACCCCGUGAGGAGCUGCAAGUUCAGAGUGAGAUCCGUGGGCUCUGACGCGGAGAGCGCCAGCGAGGGGAUCAGCUGCACAGAUGGCGAGUCAAACCCAGCAAGCACGGCGGGCUCAAACACAGAGAAUUCCGGUUUUUGGUCCGGCUCCUCGGACACACUCACCUACCUGUCGGCCAGGAAGAAGCGGAGCCAGAGUCUGCUGAGCAUGAAGAAGACACUGGCUCUGAUCUACCUGGCUCUGGUGUGGAGCCGUGAGGCGCUGACACUCAGCGACCUGCUCAGACUUGUGAAUGAGGGUCACAUCCCGUACUUGAACGCCUAUGAGCAGCUUCCCGAGGAGAUGAAAGUCACGGGGAAGGACUCCCUCAUCUUUGUAGUCGAGACGGUCCCGUCUCAUCACGCCGUUCAUAAGGAGGCCGAGACUCUCAUUCAGUUCCUGCAGCUUCCUGCUUUUCCUCCAAUCAGUCAGCAGACCCUGAUGCACCCGGCGCUGCUCAGCCUCAGAUACCUGUCCGAUGUCAACCUCCCCGAUGAGCUCCACCCCUGGGUCUGCAGGCUGUUGGAGCACACCGGUAUGAUGGAUCAAACGCUUCACACAUUUGACCCACACAAUCACCCCACCCUGCCACGGUAUGACGUGCAAGCCGCUGCCCUCAUCAUCGUCACUCUGAAGCUGUUCUUUUGCCUGGACGACAUGACCGAGUGGCAUCUGUCCAAUGAUCUUGGACGACAGAAGGACUCAGGUAAAGUGUUUAACCUGAGGAGGUGGUACAAAGUGAUGCAGGCCGCUCUGAUUCGAGCUCAAGAGAGGAGAGACCAGACUGUCUCCAGGAAGCAGUGGAAGUCAAAGAAACAAAUUUACCCAAACAAGAAAGAAAAGUGUUCGAUGAUUAAAAAAAAAAGAAUCGCAGAGCAGGUCCAGCUGUGUUUCGAGAAGCUGACUUCCUGUCCAUCGGGGCUCCAGGACGUAGGACCAUCAAGCUUCAUAUUCUGCUGGGGGGACGAGGAGGAAUCGGACGGUCCCAGUCUGCACCACAUGAAGCUGGACGAGGUCGUGACCCGUAGAUACGACUUCCUGACUCCGCUGAACGACAUGUACUGGCACCCGGCGCUCAGACGCUGCUUGUGCUACAAUAGUCAUUACAAGGAGGUGGAGGCAACGCUGCCACGCUCCUUCAUCUGGCUGAUGCAGCUUUUCGCCUUCAUGUUCGACGUGAAGCCGUUUUGCCUCUAUGAGGAGGUCCUGAGUGUGGAGAGGAGGAUCUUUGACACCAGACUGUACAGAGGGAAGAGCAAGGCCAAUGCCGGGGCUUCGGCUGAGACCGCCGGGGCUUCACCCGAGGCCCAGGCUUCACUCAACACCCGGACGUCACAAAGGAUGACCCGGACAUCACCCAGGACGGCUGAGGCUUCACUCGGGACCUGGGCUUCACAGAGGAAGCGGCAGAGAAGUAAGAAGAGCUGAGAACUUGCAGCAUCUGUGGGACAUUUGGCUGUUUCUGCUGCCUCCAUGUUUUUGUUUAAACCAAAGACAUUUUUAAUAAACGUAAAAGGGC